AUGAAGUCAUCGAUCGUCGAUCAGCUUUUUGUCACCGUUUUGUUAGCUGUUUACGUCACACACUGUGCAGCACAUUCCACCAAUCUCGCUCUUUUUACACCCUACCAACCGGUUCAUCCACUCGAUGAAGGAUAUUUUCCCAGGCCAAAGUACUUUGACCACGUGGAGACGGGAUUGCUCCAGGAACACCCGGCAGUGAGAUUUCCCGAACCUCACGCAAAUCACUACGAAGCAACUGUACCCGGGGUACACUUUUCACACGCACUUCACGGGCAGGUUCACCAACAAACUCAUCAACACCAUUACCAGCAGGAUCUGUUCCUGCCCGAUAAUCAGUAUCUGAGUCUCGUAGCUCCAUCCUCCUCCCUGGUUGCGUACGUUCCUGUGCAACGAGGCAAACCAGGUCCCUGGGCCGUACCGAACGUAUUCAUCAAAGGACAGGGCUACAGCACCAACCAAUACGUUGCGCCGACACUAAUGCAGAAGCUGCUCGCUCAGGACCCUCGGUGAGGAGUGCUGUGGAAAUUCUCAAAUUGUGUAAAACG